UCAUUCCAAUGCACACACAGAGCGGAGCAUAAACUUUCUGCAACCACGCCGAUAAUUCGCUCAGGGACUUACUACAAUAUAUAAACCAAGCGGAUUUUUAUCGGGAAUAAGACUUGAUCAUGUAUGUACGUAAUUGUGACUAUGCUACGUAGUUGGACUAUGCUACAUUAUUGUAUUUGAUACAAGAAGUGUGAAGAUAUCAAACGUAUUGACUACAGAAGAGAUUUAGGAUUUUUUCCCCGACAGACCCUGUGAAAUGGACAUUUAUUUCCCUCGGUGUCGAUAAUAUGAAAUAUUAACGGGGAUAUUUACCGAACCGUUGUUGGGAACAGGGCAACUUCUCUUUGGUCGUUUGCCAAAUGCGUCGACGGGUUGGACAACUACGGAAUCUCGUUUCUCUGGCAUAAACCCACUGGAAAUCAUUGAAUAAGGAGAGGGCACAAAUCUUCUCAUACCUUGCUCAUAUUCCUAUUUCCCUUGUUGGUUUUAUGGAGGUAACUCUGGGUUUGGGUGCUUGAMGCGGUUGGACUGGGUGCUUGACGCGGUUGRACUGGGUGUCGGAACACCUCGGAUUGUAUUCACCCGUCUCUCCCUCUCUCCCCUGGGGUUAUUUUUAUGUCCGAGCUGAUCGCUUUAUGACAAUGGAUUACUUGCUGGUUUUAUGCAGCCUCUGGCUGCACAUGGCCUCAGCUGUUGAAGGCCAUGAACCCCAUCCGGACGUACCAGGUGUGCAACGUGCGCGAGGCCAACCAGAACAACUGGCUGCGCAGUGACUUCGUCCCACGUAAAGACGUCCUCCGAGUCUACGUGGAGAUGAARUUYACCGUGCGWGACUGUAACAGCAUYCCMAACAUCCCCGGCUCCUGCAAGGAGACCUUCAACCUCUUCUACUACGAGUCCGACUCAGACUCGGCCACGGAGACAAGUCCAUUCUGGAUGGAGAACCCCUACGUGAAGGUGGACACCAUCGCGCCCGAUGAGAGUUUCUCCAUGUUGGAGACGGGAAGGGUGAACACGAAAGUGCGGAGCUUCGGACCUCUCUCCAAGACUGGGUUUUACCUGGCCUUCCAGGACCUGGGGGCGUGUAUGUCGUUGAUUUCCGUCCGGGUGUUCUAUAAGAAGUGUUCGACCACCAUCGCGAACUUCGCCGUUUUCCCCGAGACGGCCACGGGGGCAGAGGCCACGUCGCUGGUCAUCGCGCCCGGAACAUGUGUUCCCAACGCUCUCGAGGUGUCCGUGCCUCUCAAGCUGUACUGCAAUGGGGACGGCGAAUGGAUGGUUCCUGUGGGAUCGUGCACCUGCGCGUCCGGGUUCGAGCCCGCAAUGAAGGACACCCAGUGUCAGGCCGUCCCCUCGGCUCCACGCAGCGUCAUCUCCAACGUCAAUGAGACCUACCUGGUCCUGGAGUGGAGCGAGCCUCGUGACUCGGGCGGCCGCGACGACAUCYUCUACAACGUCAUCUGCAAGAAGUGCCUGCCCGAGCGCGGCAUGUGCUCGCGCUGCGACGACAACGUAGACAUCUCKCCGCGCCACCUGGGUCUGACGCAGCGGCGCGUGGCGGUCCGAAACCUGCAGGCCCACACCCAGUACAGCUUUGAGAUCCAGGCAGUCAACGGUGUGUCGAAUAAGAACCCGUACACGCCGCAGUUCUCCGCCGUCAAUAUCACCACCAACCAAGCCGCUCCAUCUGCAGUACCUACAGUUCACCUGAUGGGGGCCACAGCGAGCACCAUGAGUCUUUCCUGGCUGCCCCCUGAAAAACCCAACGGAAUCAUUCUGGAUUAUGAGAUUAAGUACCAUGAGAAGGACCAGGGAGAAGCCAUUGCCCACACCAUGACCGCUCAAAGGAGUUCUGCCCGCAUCGAGGGGCUGAAGGCCGGCACGCCAUACGUGGUCCAGGUCCGGGCCCGCACGGUGGCCGGGUACGGUCGCUACAGCAGCCCCGCCGACUUCAGCACCAACCUGCAAAGUGACCCAGAGAAGUCUCUUCAGGAGCAGCUGCCACUCAUUGUGGGUUUGGCCACUGGCGGUCUAGUCUUCAUCAUAGCUGUCGUUGUCAUCGCCAUCGUCUGCCUGAGGAAGCAGAGGAAUGGCUCUGAGUCAGAGUACACAGAGAAACUGCAGCAGUACAUCACGCCGGGAAUGAAGGUCUAUAUCGACCCCUUCACCUACGAGGACCCCAACGAGGCCGUCCGAGAGUUCGCGAAGGAGAUCGACAUCUCCUGCGUGAAGAUCGAGGAGGUCAUUGGCGCAGGUAACCAACCAAAGCUCCUGAGCUACAGGGGGAAGACUGCUAGUCACCUCCAGGCCAUACCGUUAGAGGACUUCACGCCAAGCGGUACUUUCACUCAAUUCAUCAUCCCAACCCCUGCCUCGCCUCGCACCCCCCCAGCAGCUUCAGACGCCCACGACACACCUCCCCAAACUCUCCUGUGA